AUGGUGUCUCAAAAUAAUUUCAUCAGUCGGUCGGAAUCAUCCGGUCUUAAUGUACAUCAGCUGGCUGCGUACAUCAAGACCUUUGUCAGUAAGAACCCCAUCAAGAAGUCCAGGUACAGUGAACAGACCUGGAUCUAUCCAGAGAGGACCAAGGAUGACCUGGUCGCUGAGUUCCAAAGAAGGUUACUGCGAUUGACUAGGCUUCCAGAGCAGCUCAUCAACAAAUACAGCUUCUUUCAGGUUGUCAAGUAUGGCCCCCACGGUCACUACAAUGCUCACUUGGACUCGGCCGGAGACACCCAAGGGCUUCCAUGCUGCCAUCUGGUCAGUACCAAGAAAUGCCGCAUCUGUAGAUACAUGACUAUCAUGGUUUACUUGAAUGAUGUUGAAGAAGGAGGUGAAACAGCGUUUGUUGUGGCCAACAACGACACUUAUGAUGAUCAUAAACUUCGCAACAGUGGCAACAUAAACCUGAACAACCACUGCAAGGAAUCAAAGCUUCACGUCAGACCGGAGAGAGGCAAGGCCGUCAUUUGGUACAACCACUUCCUGAACGAGGAGACGGGCUGGUUCGGGGACGUCGAUAACUUCACCUGGCACGGGGGUUGUCCGGUCAUGAAGGGGGAGAAAUGGAUCAUGAAUAGAUGGAUCUGUGCUAGCAAUGACAGGGAGGUAGAUCUAUCUUAACCCACUGCCUACGGGAACCGGGUAGUGACUGUACAACGCCUAUGGGAAAUACAGAAUUCAAGAUUCAAAAGGUUGUACCCAUUGCCUACUGGAAGGGAGUGGUCUCUGUAGCCUACAAAGGCAAGGGAAUUACAGAAUUCAGAAGUCAACAAGUUAACUCAUUGGCCCGUAUUCUGAAGUUGGGUUUAACUUAAACUCAGGUUUAAAGUUGUGGUUUAUGUAUGGAUGGCCAAUUGUUACAUAAAUCGCCAACAGUAAAGUUACCAAAUUUUAGAUCAUUUGGCUCUCAAAACCAUUAAUAAUUGUCUAGGAAGUAUAAAUAUGAAUCAGAUGAAUCAGAAAAGAGCACAGUAAACAUAAGAAACAUACAGCUUAAUAGAAAUUUUGACACGUUUGGCUUCCCAUAAUUUUAGCACAGAGUUAGACCAUGGUCUAAGUUAAACCUGACUGCAGAAUACGGGCCAUUAAGUUUACUUAAGGUUCUUGUGAACCAAUUACCUAAUUCCAACUGGAACUGGGUAGUCCCUGUUCAAAGCCUUUGGGUAUUCCACAAUUCAGCUUUUAACAGGUUAACCCCUCGCCUACUGGAACCCAAUGACUCGGUUGCCAUGGGUAUAAUUUGCCUCCUUUCGCCUCUUAGAUCUUAGCAUUUGAAUAUGUAUAUUUUAAUCACAUCACUAUUAAAGCAACUACCCGAGUUAAAACAAAGGGCGGAAAUUCCCAACUUUUUGGGAAAUAGACAAGAGAAAAUGUUUUUUUAAUGCUUGCCUAAGUGAAUCAAAAUUGAAGUAUAUGGAAUUAAAGUUCAUUUUUUAUCAGUCAAUUUAAUCUCAUAGUUAGCUUAUGCUAUGUUUACAAACAUGAAAAAUCUUUGAAGGGAAGUAUGCCUCUGCUAGCUUUUUAACCAUAUUAACAGGAGAAGUAUCACAAAUGAAGUUGGUACCCAGUGAGCAUUGACAAUAAUUUGAUAUACUGCCAUCUAUGUUCAGAGUAAGUACAUUCCUCAGAUCAGAUCCUGUGCUGCAUGAGUAUGGAGCAUGAGCAUGAUGGGGAGUGUUUCAUAAAAAGUGAUUUUUCACUGACUGAUUCCCUCUGAGCCAAUCAGAUGCAAGGAUUUCAGUAGCUUAUAACAGUUUUCAGUGAAAAUCACUAUUUGUUUUUUCAUGAAAUGCUCCCCUAAUUGUAUUUUCUCAUUAAAAACUGAUAAAAUCAUUGUAAAGUAAUAUCUUCUUUACUUUGGUUCUAUAAUUACAGUAAGAGUACUUAAUUUAAAAAAAAUGAAAUUCAAAGGAGUACUAACUUAAAAAAAAAUUGUAAUAAUAAAUUCAGAAAUUUAGAUAUUAAGAACUGUGAUAACCAAUAGAUCUUUUAAAAAUAAUAUCUUCUUUACCUAAGUUCCAUACUGUUCCGAAAAUAGUAACAUGUGACUUUCUGUAAUUUUCUAGUAAAUUAAGAAUGACUGAAUUUAGCAUCAAAUUGUGAAAAAACACCACCAGUUAUAAAGGAAAUAAUAAAACCUUGACUGUUUCCCUUUCUGGAUUUUACCAUUAAAAAAACAACUUGUAUUUUUUCUUGAUCAGAUUAAUAAUAUUCCAUUGUUUUCGUACUUCAAAUAUUAAUGAAACAACAUGUUACCUUCUGAAAUAUGUAUCUAAUCACAUUUAUUCUUUAUUAUUUAUUCUUUUUUAUGUAACUUUCCAUAUAUUAUUAUUAUUAGUGCCAAAUAGCUGAUUGAUAUAUAAUGAUCUAGUAAUGUGCCUUAUCAUUGAUAAUACAUAUUAAUGUGUGCUAUAAGGUAGACUUAGAUUUGUGACGCUACUUCCGUGACAGAGAGACUUGUGUGACAGAGAGGAUGGGUGUUCUCCUUUUAUCUUGCAUUGUGUUUGCAAACUCACUUUUGGUCUUGUGCAGAUGGAAUUUUGAAUAACACUGCCAUAUAGGGGAAAAAGUACACAGCAUACCACUGUAUAUGUGUGUGUUCAGUGUUGAAGACAAUAGGUGACUUCAAUUACUGUGUUGAAAUCUGGUGUCAGCCACAACACCGUACUUUAAUGAUGCUGGUGUUGGGAUUGACCUUGGAAAAUGUGAUGUAUUUCUGGUAGUUCGUGUUAAGCGCUGGUGUUAGAUGUUGUCUGUUGCACCGAGCAUCACAGCUGGUGUUGACGGUCUGCUUGUAAUUUUCCCAUUUGACUAACACCAAACUCCAUGCAGGGAUUGGGAAAAUUGUGAUUUCAAGUUUGGUGUUGGUGUUGGCGAUUUGAAGCCCAUGAACAGGCAGCGAGCAGGAUGAAACAUCCCUGUAAGAAAUUAAAUUUUUACAGUUACGAUAAGUGCAAAUCAUUAAAGCCCUAAACAAUUAAUGGACAACAAUGUUUAUUCUUUCGGAUUCUUGAAGUGAUUGAUUUUAGCCUUUGCAUUCUGUAUGAUAAGAUUUUACAGUAAUUUCUCCCCGUUUUCACUUUCGUCGUCAAGAAAUUCUCGUGUUAAGUUGAGCUGAUGAGCAGCGCAGAAGCGUGACAUCAUAGGCUAUCGAUAACGAUAGGUAUCGUUCCUCUGAACCCAGCUCGGUGCUGGAGCUCGGUUCAGCAGCCUUUACACACUCUCAAAAACCAACACCGGACACCAAACUUGAAAUCACCCAAGGUACUAUGACCCUUAGACUAUUGAUUGGAGCAUUUUAACAAUGUGAAUGAAAUGAUCUUUAUCCACCAUGUGAACACACAGUGAUCACUCACACUGUUGUGGCUUCCACAGUGUGAAAUUAUCCUCACAGUGUUAAAUUUGAGCAUUUUAACAGUGUAAAUCACAUCCUUACAUAACCCACUAUUUUAACACACUGUAAGGACAUUGUGUGAGGCUGUGAUCUUUUCAGCAAUGUAAAUUCAUGUUGGAGGGAAACAGUCUGUAAUCAUUGUGUUAAAAGUGCGGAUGCACUUUCUGAGAUGCACACAGUACGCUUCCCAGUUUUAUGAUGUAACAAUCAUCCAGCAUCUGCAAAUUAGGGGAAGGCAUUGUAGAUUCAAGAAUCUUUAGAGGACUGUGAAUUUGCAGAAAUCUGUUGUUCAGAAAUGAGGCGACGCGAAAGAAUUGAAAAUAGACGUCUUGCACAUGCUCAUUAGGUGGUUUCAAACCGCCUCGAUCACAAGAAUCCCCGUUAAAUUACGAGAACUUUUUUAGGCUGAAAAAUACCCAUUAAUUAUUCAUGCAUUCACACCGCCCUGAAACAUACCCUUCGGGAUAAGUUCCUGAAGUUACGAGCAUGCGCAGUAUGGUCUGAUAAGCAGGCAAGGCGCGAGAUUCAAAAUCACUAGCCCAGCAGCCACCCACGGCGCCGCACCCAACGACACGCUGAGCUAAAAGUUCCCGUAAUUUGCUUUCACAUCGCCAAAAUACCUGCGACCUUGGAAAAAUCCCCAAGAAAGUUCUCGUAAUUUCGCCAAGUACCUACUAUUUAGCGGGUAUUUUCUUUCGGGGAAAUUACGCGUAGUUUGCUUUCACAUUACCAAAAUACCUGGUAUUUUCUGAUCGGGGUAAAUUUCCCGAUCAGAGAAUACCUGGAACUGAAAACUUUGAGGCGGUCUGAAACCACCUAUUGCAACACUAAGAGCCAAUAAUCAUGUCACGUAAGUUUGGUUGCAAAUCUAAUGCUCUCCAUGCAUUGUUAUCCAGAUAGAUCUAGUCUACAGCAUUCCAUAAUGUGAAUUACAAAUAUUUAUGUGUAUAAAGUGAUAUAAUUUUAUUGAUAUAUUAGUGGCACUGUUUGGACUUGUGCAAUGAUUGUGAAUGUUACAAGUGAAUUUUCAGAUUGUGCAAUAAAUGCUGUAAACAAAAUAUACAUGUACUUUGAUAACUAUUCAAGUCAGGAUUCAUCUAUGUAUCAAUAGCAUUAUAAUGACUCAAAAUCUCUGAAACUGACAAAAGAUGGAAUGAAUUUUGUUAGAUAGGUUACAGAGAUUUGAGAAUACAUUCUCACCAAAAGUUAAAACAACCACGGGAGUAGAGAAAACAAUUAUUGUUGGUAUCUUAAGAUAAAAUUUUCAUUAUUGGCUAAGAUUUUCACUAUUUGAAUAUACAUAUACUUCAAACUGAUAUUAAAAAUUAAGAUUUGACAAUAAAAUUUGUCCUUUUCUUAUAGGGACAUAAUGCACCCCUUUAUACCCAGUACUAUUUGGGUUGAAAUAUGGCUCAUAAAAUGAUGUUUAUACCAUUUACAGUUACUAAAUCAUUAUAAAUAAUUUGGUUGUGAAGUAUAGAUGUUCGCUUUUCUAAAGGAAAUUAAAAAUUAUUCAUGAGGCACAUAUGUUACUUUGUGAGUUUCAGAUCUAAGUGCACAAAAAAAUUCUUCUCCAAAUUUUAUGAUAUCUGAGGUUAUUAGGGACAUAGCCCGACUACAUAUUGGCUAGUCCAGAUGCUGGCCCUUUGAGAUUUUUUCCCCUCCAUUCUCACUGCACUCCAUCCACUGCACGCUUUUCCUCCACACUGCCCUUACCCACUGAUCAUGUGACCCUCAAAUUUACCCCUCCAGUGGGUAAGUGGAGGGGAAAAAUCUCAAUAAGGCCAGCAUCUGGACUACAUAAUUAUUGGCAAAAUAUAGAGAUGGAAAUUGACUUCUAUGGGUUUUUAGAAAUAUGCCCUCUACUGCUCAGCAACUGAAAGGCCUUUGGAGUAUUGUCAAUUUAAAUGGAAAGCAAAAUUUUAGUUUAUUUUUAUUUUUUAUGGAAAGCACUUCAUUCAAUGUCUGCACUUGAGUUAAAAAUAAUGAAAUAAUUGUUCAUAUUAUGUUAAUUCUUAAAUUAUAUGAUAUCAGAUUAUGAAAGUAAGUUUAUUAAAGUAAAAUCAUUUUCUUCA